AUGACUGGAUACCAUGACACCUCAAGUGCCCUUACACUCUUGGUUCUCCUGACAGCAGCGUCCUUUCUCCAUCUGUCCACCCCCAGCCCUCUCAGCACCAUCGGAGAUGCUGAUAACCCACACAGAGAUACUCUUCCUGGGUGGAUAGUGUCUGGAAACAGAGAAAGAAGGGAUGAGGAGAGACAAAUAGUACAGAAAGAACAAGCUGAGGAAGAAGAAGAGCUUUUUAAGGAUGUUGAUCCCAAAUUACUAGCGGCAAUUUUACUGGAGGCAUUGAAUCGCUCACAUGUAGAAAGAAGCAGGGAGGGAGAGGAGCAUGAUGGAAUGAAAGACGAGAUAAAGGCUGAGAGAGGGGAGGUUAAAAAAGAAGAGGCAUACAGGGAAGUGAGAACAAUGGAGGAAGUGGACCGAGACAGAGGUGGACGACAGGACUUCGAGCUGCUGAUGGCCGCACAGGGAAAAGAGCAGGAGAGAAAGGAGGAGGAUGAGAGGAAAAAAGCUCAGGAAGAGGAGGAGAAGAUGACUGAGAAGGUGAUCAGUCGUACCACAAGCCAGACAGUUCAGAUGCAAAUGGAGCAGCAGCCCACUGGUUCCGACGGACGAGGAGAGAACGACCAGGGUGCCGCUCCUCAACAAGGAUCGACCAGCCCUGAUCAAGGCAGCCAUGAGGAGGAGGAGCAGCUCAGCCCCGAGGAGCUGAAGAGUCUGGAGACUAUGAUGAAAGAGUUUCCUCGCUUGAAUACAGCCACUAAGAGGGAAGGGCUUUCAGAGAAAAAUCAGAGAGAGAGCAGAGGUUACAGCAGUCACAAUGACAUUAUACUAGCAAAUAAAGGCAGUGACCUUGCCAUGUCUAAGAAAAAACUGAAAUGGCAAGAGGAGACGCAGAAAGCCCUGAACUUCCCAACUUUUAGGGGAGGCAAUUUUAUGGAUGAAUUUGAGGGCAGUAUUUAUGGCAACAAUGCAGCGCAGCCACAGCCUCCAGCAGAGCAGGAGGUGAUGAAAGAUGAUGAAACAGAGGAGGAGCAAGAUGAGGAGGUGUUAAGUCCUGAGGAGGAGGAGGCUCAGGCCAAAGCGGAGCAAGAGGAGAUGAGGAGGCAGGCAGCUGAGGCACAACGAGCCAAGUUGGAGGAGGAGAAGUUGGCUGACAUCGCCUCAGACAUGCUGCUGCACUACAUGGUCAAACAGAAUAACGGCAACAAGAAGUAUACCUCAUCCCUGUCGAACGCUGCAGAAGACAAGAGGUCUGAUGAGGAACAAGAAGUGACGGAGGAGGAUGAUAUCGAUCCUCAAACCAUCGACAAGCUGAUUGAGAUCUCCAGCAAGCUCCACCUCCCUGCUGAUGAUGUGGUAGAUAUCAUCAGCGACGUGGAGAAGAAGAAGAAGAAAGAUUUGCCACCUGAAACAACGUCACGCUGGCAACGACCUCUAUCGCCCCUGUCUUCUUCACUCUCUUCUGCAGUGCAGACUCCAACUGUUCAAAAUACAAUACCUGUCUCUAAGCAGCCACCUCCAGCUGUUAACUUACUUAAAACUUGGUUCCAGGAGAAAACGCCAAAACCUCUUUUAGCCAAUAAAAAUCUUUGGCCAAAACCUCAGAAGCCUCUGCCAAUCAAACAGGACCUCUGGCUCAAACCACCCAAGUCUGUCUGGUCUGGCUAUCCUUUAUACCCCUACACUUACGCUCCCUACUACCAGAGGAAUCCCUAUCCAGACUAUUACCCCAUCUAUUUUCCUCCUCCCCCCAGGCCUAAACCCAAUUACUACAUCCCUAAAUCUGCUGUCCCCCUCAGCAGCUUCCUGGGGAAUUCCAUGGAUAACACGUACGCUUUCCCUCCCAAUAGGCGAUACCGCAGCUGGGUCCAACCCCGGCUAAGACAACCCCCCCCAGGCCUCCAGCAGAAGUCCUACUACACCAGCUACCCAGUCUCACUUUACCCCCGGAUAUUUCAGCCAGUACCCAUCCCCAAACCUCGUUCCCCUCUCCAAAUGUCUGUAAUUCCUCCUCAGCAAAAUCCAUUUUAUUAUUCUGCCCCAGCAUCCGCAGUGACAAGAAACAAAGAUUAUUAUAUGGCUGAAAAGCAGCCAACAAACAACAACCGUGAUGAUUUGGAGAAAUACAUACAGCAGAUACUCAUGAAGAGACAAAAGAUGAUAGACUGA